AACAUAAGUUGGAUCCACAGUUCCACACUAACUCCAAAAUGAGACACAUCAAGUGUGUCCAAAAAUAAUGUCACCUACUUACGUUAUAUGACUUUUUUUUUCCAAGAUCAUAUUUUUCACCCCUUUUUCACAAACACAUUUGCCUCCAAUUCCAUUCCAAAACAAAAGCUUCUUACUUUUGUUUUUGGGUUCUCUUCCAAAUCUGCAAUUUCAAAACUUUCAGAGCCGUGUGACCUUCUGGAUUAUUGAAUAAAUCUUCUAGGAGUAUCCAUUUUCAAAGAUUAGAACAAUUUUGGAUCGUUUAUUGGUGCUAAGAAGAAGAAAAUGCCUCAGAAUCUAGAAGGUAUUAAGGGUGGAGGAGGAUCCAUCAAGCUAGGAACCACCGGAACAAUCGGUUCCUUAAUGACAAGGGAAUUGAAUCAAAUCUCUUCAACACCACACAAACAAGUACCUUCAAGAACUAAGCACAGAACACUUCCUGUUUCGGUUGCCUGUACUGGUGCAACGCCGAAAAGACUACAACCAAGAAAAUCAUCAGAUGAAGCAAGUAGCAGUGGAGGCAGUAAAAGCACAAAUACAAACCAUAGAUUCCCCAGUAAGGCAGUGCAGAAAACAAAAUCUAGUGGCAGAAGUACACACAGAAUUCCAAUACUUGGUUAUGAUAACUUCCCAGUCGACCGAAGUCCUGCCAGGGAGAAGAAUGAUAAGAAGAUACCUAACAUUGUUGAAGUUGUGGACAUAAGAUGUGGGAAUGCAGAUAAGGCUUGGGCUACUCCUUUAGCAAGUCGUCUUAAGAAGCUCGGUUUCUCAAAGCUCUCAGAGAGCAUAAUUUAAACCAUGGUUAAUCUAAACCUGAAAAUUUUGUAUCUCUGACUUCAGAUUCCUGUAACUGAAAGCAGAGUUGGUACCAUUUGACCUAUUGUUGUUUGAUACAUCCACCAUAGAACACAUGCUAGAUAGGAGCUUGCUGCUACUUGGCCGCUUUUUCUUCGUACUUUCAACUGGAGACACAAUUGUGGUUGCUCUAGAGUUUGUGCUAACUGAGGAACCAACUUCUGUAAUUUGAGAUUUGCUCCUAUAUGACCUGUCUUGGGAAUUUGAUUCGAUCCGGCUGAAGUACUCGAUUUCUUGCAUUAUAAGAGAUGCUACUGUACCUCUGGUGCCUAUUUGCACCGGUGCAAAUUCUGCAGUUACUUUCAUGUCAUUUGUGGCAAUGGUAGUGGAUUUGUGCAUGAUUUGUUUGGUUGAGAGAAGGGUUGUUUGUGGUUUUGUCCUAGUUGGGAGACUGCAGAGACUGUGAGGCAUUUUUCUUUAGAUUUCAAGAAGAUGUGGUUUCACAAGAAUCCUUCACCUUUUGCUCUCUCUAUAUAAAGUGCAUGGCAUAUAUGUAAAUGACAUGAUCACUGCUUUCAUGUGCUUUCAGUUAAGAAAAAAGGAAAUGGAAAUGUCUAACUAACUAUACCACCCUUUUAACUACUUUAAGUUUCAUCAACAUGCUCCUAGGAACAUGAUUGAUAGGUCCAUUAUAUUGGACUCUUUUUCAGUGUUGAGUGGAUGAGAUAGGAUUCAUGUGAAAGGUAAAAGUGUAGCUUUAUCUUUCCACUACUUUUUAAGUAGGUUGUUGUUGCAUUUUGGUGUCUUCAAUAGCAAGGAAGAGAUAGUAGGCUAACUAUAUAUUUUUCAGUGCUUUUUCAUGUUUUGGGAUGAUUUUGUUUUGGUUAGCUUUAUCUAUUUUGUGAUUUGUUUCUAUAUUGGGUGCUACUUGAGGAGUUUGAG